GUUCUUCUCUGACAGAACGAAUUAUUCCUGACGCGCAGAAGACGUUGCGGAAAUUAAGGAAGUAUCCAACAAUUGGAAAUCGAAAAAUCUGGGAAUCAUGAACAAGCUUCUAAAAGUGGCUCUGUUUUUUCUUAUCGUUGUCCAUUAUCAAAAAUCUCCUUAUUUCAUAUCGUGAAAAAAUAGUGGUGUUUGAGUGUCGAAGAAACAUCUUCCACCUCGUCUACUCGAUGGCUGACUCCCAAAACAGCAGGUAUUUCAAUUUUUCUUUCUCAUUUUCAACACAUUUUUAUAAAACAACGUGAUAUCAAAGUCACGAUAAGACUCGAUAACGAACUCGUCUCUGUAAAAGUGAACCAGAUAUCGGGCAAGAUAUAUUGCUGUAUUUUGGCAAGCAUGCAGUGACAAUGCCAUGGCCAUUUUAGCUUUGUGUUAUUAUUUCAUGCAUAAAAGAAUACUGAUUGGUAUUUACAUAUAUCUUUCGAUUAUUAUACAGGAACCAUCCAUCAUGUAUUCAACGUUGACGUUGUCUUUCAUUUAAUUUUAUAAUUUAAUUCAUUUGAUUUUCGGAGAUUUCAAUGCCUGUCAGGCCUCGUUCUCCUCGACCUCUCAUUAACUUUUGUUAGAUAAAUUUCCAAAUAAUUUGUGGGGAUGUGAAUUCCGAUGACCGUAUAUAUAAAUAAAUGUUGUCCGGUAAAGGCGGAUGCGCAUUGCAAGGUAUUCGUAUCUACGUAUAUCUACGUAUAUCUACGUAUAUCUACGUUAGGAGGACAGCUCGAGAACGCACCACGAUAAAUACCUGAUAAGGUCUUAAGUAAAGAUGACUUACGUCACGACAAAUGAGAGAACAUCUUAAGGCAAAUAGUCAUUACACCCGUGGUGUAACGAGCGAUUAAAUGUCUAAUUGAAGCUGCCUGCAUUUCGUAUUUAGUUAGCUAGCUCACGUUGGAUCCUUAUGUUCGUCUAGUAAGAGGUUCUUAAACGCAAUUGGCAAUUUCUCUCCUUCAAGAAUUUAUUACCUCGAAAUGUGAGAACUGCUUUCAGAUCAUUCCAAUUCAGACACUGGACAUGUAAAAUGUGUUAAGUUCAGAAGCCCAGGAUUUAAGUGGCGAUAAAUUGGACUGAACUCGCCCCUAAAAAAUACCCAAACUGUAAAAUUUGCCCAAGUGCCAGUAAAAGCCUAAAAAGGGCAAUUGCCAAUAGGUACGUAUUUCGAAAUAAUUAAAAAGAAAUCCCACACUCGAAAGCAGUUAAUAUUUCAAGCAUUUAAUAUAUAUUUAGACUGUCAAUGGCAUCGUGGAUAUUACUUUUGCAUUAAUUUUAUUUUAAUGAUUUCAUAAAUUGUACCUAUUAUCGUGUAAUGGCACAUUUUGGGGGACGUUUAUAUUUAAUUUCUGUAUUUACAUAAUCGGUAUAACUUGUUUCCCUCGCCAGUAAAAAAGAAUACAAAUUCGAAUGCUCAUUUCGGAUUCAUCUCGCGUUCAUUCAUAAUGAAAUGACCACUUUUCCCAUUUUACAGUAUCAUCUCACCGGGGCAAUCUUCCUUUACCACCAGUAUUUUGGAUCUGGAAUAUCUGCUCGGUAUCUGCAUACGCAAUUACGGGUCUGUCUCAAUUAACUUUUCCGGUAAAAUGAAAGUUGGUAAUGCACGUUGAUUACUCUCUCCCUAAAAAAUCAUGGCCUUGUACGAAAGCGUCUGAAACACUGUCCGACUUUCUCUACUGUCACCAGUGCCAAUUUCGUGGAGUGGUCAUUGGUUUUAUUCGAUCAACAUGAGCCAAAAUUUUUUCUCCCACGUAUCUUUGCAGAAAUCGAAUAUAAAGCGGUUCUCUUUUAUUUAGCUCGAUUCCACGGAUUGGAAUUAUUCAUAAGCUGGAAAAUGAAUAACAAACGGUGAAGUAUUCAGCCUGAACGAGAUUCCGUGGCGAGACAAAAAUGUAAAGGACGCAUAAAACCCAUUAAGGCUUUACGAUACUUUUACGCAGUUUCUGCAUCAUUUUCUUCUGAUGAUGACAAUUUUAAGGGUGAAAGGAACUCGAGAUUAAAAGAACUACCAAAUAAGGGCUGCACAUCAGGCGGUUUUAUGGAAUAUCGGGUCGUUAGUAUAUUUUAAUGCUCGGGUCGAGUCUUCAAUGGUAUCCGUGAUUUCAGAACUCUUUUUCUUCCUCCAUUAAUUCAUGAUCUCUGAAAGAUUUUCAUCACGCCCACGAUUUUUCACUCCACUCUAAAAUUACUUUAACUAUCAUCCCAGUUAAAUAUUUUACUUUAUAUUCAAUAUCAAAACCUUUAUGCCUGAUACCGCUAAUAGAAAACCUGCGUCAAUAAAAUCAAUAUCGAGUGAUCGAUUAAUUGGUAUUCUUAGUUUCAUACACACCAAAUCAUUCAACUUCACCUGAAACGUUUGCAACACACUUUAUACCUUGUGCCCAUUCAAUUACACGUGCCGCUUGCAUUAAUGAAAAUCUCGUGGACGUUAGUGGACUUGUAAUAUGCCGCAUGUGCGUCGAAUAUAAAAAUUGUUAGUUGAGAAGGAAUGACAAGAAAUGAUUAUUAUUAUUUUCCAGAAUUCACCGAUCGGCUCUAAUUAUUGGGAAGGCGAUCGAACUUCUUGGACCCACAAAAUUCCCUGAGACAGGGACCUUUUCCGACCCUCACAGAUGGAAUCUUGCUCGAUUCGUGAAGCUGCGAUCGAUCGCGAUUUUCGGAUCCCACUGACCCCGUUGAUCGAUACUUUUUCGAGGAUUAUUACCGCUCAAUCGAUCCCUCAUGACUACCGAUCGUGCUUCGAUUUCCUCACGGAAAUCGCGCCUCUUGCUACUUCUCUUAACGGAGCUCUUUAACAUCGAGGCUGAUAAACUCUUCAGGAUGAGAGCAGUCGAAGAAGACCCGUAGCCUAAUUCGUCAUCCGAUGAAAAUGGGAUGCUCACCUAGUAUGGUCUUCCAGUGCGUUAAAAACAGGGAAAAACUUGCCGACGAGAGGAAAAAGACCGUGGAACCGGAGUCCAUUUAUUCCCUAGUCAAGGAAGAUAUUUCGGACAGGAGUAAAGACCCGAGCAAGGAAUUCUACAUCUGGGACAAAAGAAGAUCCUAUGAAAAGCCUUCGAUCCUCAUCAAGAAGUCAUCAAAAACUGGCGAGGGAACAAAUGGCGACUUCGCCGACGAGCAAACCCCAUCGAUAGCAGCGAUUCUAUCCACGUUAGAGGAAGACGUGGAUUAUCUUCCAAUCAAGGGGCCUCAGGACCUGAAGCCGAAUCUGCUGACGACAAUCGUACCAGGGGUAGUGAAGAUAUUAUUAGUGUUCGCGAGGGAUGAUCAACAAUCGGAAGUGCUUGGAAAUGCGGCGAGGAGGUUGGGCUGGAGUGUCACUUUUGCGAAAACUUUGGAAAAGGCCGUGGAAGCUUUUCACACUCGUUAUCACGAUGUAGUGAUAAUCGAUCACAGGGGACAUCGGGGCCCGGAAGCUGAUAACAUUUGCAGAGCAAUUAGAACUACGAACUGUAGUCACAAUACUGUCGUGAUAGCACUCGUAAAAAAAUCAUUCCUUACGGCGUCAAGUAAGGAUGAAAUAGUCAUCGUGGAUUUACUGGAGACAGGAUUCAGCAGAACCAUGACUGAAUGUUCACACGAGGGAAUAUUGGUCAAUGAGAUGGUUGGAAUUUAUUCGAGCGAAGUUCAACCGAGAAAUCAACUUUCGGCGAUCCACACAUUGUACUUAGCUGUCGACAGGUGUCGAGACAUGGUGCAAGUAACUAAUGACCGUCAUACAGUACAAGUAAGUCAAAGGCAGAUUUAUUUAAAAAGUAUCGCUUAUCAAGAUCCAGAUUUUAUGUCCAGGAGACAAUUAGCCGAUUUCCUUUUUCAGUUCGUUAACAAAGCCAGCGAGAAAUUGUUGGGGCACAAAGUAGACGAAAUGGUCGGGAAAGACUUGACGGAUAUCGUCACGUGUGAGAAUUUCGUAUUAAUGGACCAACAAUUACAAAGGGGGAGGGAAUUCGAAGGUAACAUGACCUGCAAGCGAAAAGGAAACGACACUAUCACCAUCAACUGCAGGAUAGUUCCAUUUUGCGCAAACGGAAAAAAACCGACGCACUAUAUUUACAUCCACGAUACUACUUAUCUCUUAGAAAAUAUGGGAGCGAUCUCGUCCAAUUCGAGUCAGCAUCCCCGAGGAAGUCUUUACUCCCUACGUCGAGGUUCCUGUGACGUGAGGUCUAUCGGGAGCGACACACCCAGGCGGUCCAGUCUGACGAAAUUAAAUAACUUGCCAUUAGAGGCUCCGAUUACGAGAGUGAUAUCUCUGUUAACAAAUGCAAUGGCCGACACGAUCUCGACGAACCCCGAGAUCGCUAUGCAAAUUGAUAAGGCGAUCGAGACCCUAAAAAUCACAGAACUAUACGCGCCGUACUUGAAAGAGGACACCAAACUCCACGGAGAUCCCGUGGCGACCGAUUUUAUCGGAGCCCUGAUAUCGGCUCCCCCAUACUGCCGGGAUUCCCGAAGAUCGUCAAACGAUUCCUCGAGUAAACUCGCAGCAAUUCGAAUGAUCAAUAGUCAAGGAAAUCAUCGGGCUUCCGUAAGAAAUCUUCCCGGAAAUCAUGAGAUCAUGGAACUUUUGGACACGAGUCUCGAGUGGACAUUCGAGAUAUUCGACUUGGAGGUAGUGACGGCAAGAAGGCCCCUGGUCUAUUUGGGAAUGAACCUAAUGGGUUUGUACCGCGUACCGGAAAGGCUUAACUGCGACGAGAAGGUUUUGCAAAAUUGGCUUACGGUGGUGGAGAUGAAUUAUCACGUGGAGAACAGUUAUCACAACUCCACCCACGCUGCUGACGUAUUACAGGCAAUCGGAAGGUUUUUACAAGCCGAGAGGCUGAGAACAAUCUUGGAUCCAUUGGACGAAGUCGCAGCAUUGAUAGCAGCAGCAGCCCACGAUAUCGAUCACCCGGGAAGAUCGAGUCAAUUUCUCACAAACACGGACAACAAGUUGGCGAUCCUCUACAACGACUUAUCCGUAUUAGAGUCCCACCACGCAGCACUGACUUUUAAAUUAACUCUGGUCGACGAUAGCGUGAAUAUCUUCAAGAAUCUUGAACGAGAGGCGUAUAAAUUAAUGCGACAGAACGUCGUAGACAUGAUCUUGGCGACGGAAAUGUCGAAGCACUUCGAACACUUGGCCAAAUUUGUCAACGUGUGCAGUAUUAAAAUGGGCGAUGGACAGUCGGAGUUAUACACGGACACUUUGGACAAUGGCAUCUUGCUGCAGGCGGAAAAUGUCGCCUUGGUAAAACGGAUGAUGAUAAAAUGUGCCGACGUGUCGAACCCAGCAAGACCUUUCAAGUGUUGCAUCGAAUGGGCCAGACGUAUUGCCGAAGAGUACUUCAAUCAGACGGACGAAGAAAAAGAAAAGAAGAUGCCGAUCGUGAUGCCGAUGUUCGACCGAUUGACUUGCUCGAUACCGAAAUCGCAGAUCGGCUUCGUCGACUACAUCAUCAACGACAUGAUCGAAGCCUGGGAUGCGUUCAUCGAUAUGCCCGAAUUAGUUGACUACAUGAGACAGAACUACGAGAAGUGGAAGGAGUAUCAUGAACAGGGUAUAUCGACGCUGCAGGAUAUCGAGAUGAUACAGAAGUUACCGGAGCUGCAAAUAGCGCGUUUGUCGUAAAUUACGCGUGUUUCGGGGAAAAAUUAAAAAAAAAAAAUAAUUACUCCUCCGUCCUGUGGUAAUCGCAACCUCGAAGCCAUUACGGAGCGAAACGUGGGAAGUUCUCGCGAGUUCAAAGAGAAGGAAAGUUUACGCUUGUAAAUUAUUUUUAAUAAACACAGUACUCGUUUUAUUACCAUUGGUUGCGGCACCCUCGAGCCCGAGUAUUACUUUCUAGAUAUUUAUUCAUUGUUACGGUCGAAGUUCGAAAACGGAAGAACAUUUAGCUUUGACUCGGAGUUCUUGUUCGGUAUCGAUAAGGGCCGAGUCUUGCGAGUUAUCUGAAAGAUUAAGUACUUUCGAAUACUUCUUUUUUGCGCCAUUCUGGAGCACAGUACCGCAUCGUCGAAAAUUCUUACCCGAAAUCAAUAAUAGAGUCCCCCAAUAAAUAAUUUGUCAACUGAGAAUUAAUUA